AUGGGCAGCGACGACGCAUACCUGCUUACGGCGUCCCAGGCCCUCGCCAGAAUUCGCGCUGGCGAACUGACGAUUGAGGGCUAUGCACGCUCAUUGCUGCGGCGCAUAGAUGUGCGUGAUACCGACGUCGGAGCGUGGGCGUAUCUCGAUAAGGACUAUGUCCUUCAACAAGCGAGAGCUCUAGACAAGGUGCCGAUGAAAGACAGAGGUCCUCUCCAUGGAAUGCCCAUUGCCGUCAAGGAUGUCAUUUACACAAAGGAUAUGCCGACGGCUCACAACUCGCCAAUCUACAAGGACGACUUUCCGAAGCUCGAUGCAGCUUCCAUUAUCCUCCUCCGCCAUGCUGGUGUAUUGUUUCUUGGUUAUAUCGCUGACAUGUUGUGCCCAGGCAAAACAACGACGGCCGAGUUCGCAGCCUCUUAUACCGGGCCGUCCUCGACACGCAACCCGCACAACCCGUCCCGCACCCCGGGCGGCUCCUCCUCCGGCUCCGGAGCCGCCGUUGGAGAUCUGCAGGCCCCGGUCGCGCUCGGCACCCAGACUGGCGGGUCCACCAUCCGCCCUGGCUCUUUCAAUGGCGUUUAUUCCAUCAAGCCCACCUGGAAUGCCGUUUCCCGGGAGGGUCUGAAGAUUUCCUCGCUGAUGCUGGACACCAUUGGCAUUUUCGCCCGCGGCGUUGACGACCUAGACCUCGUCGCUGAUGCAUUCGCGCUGCGUGAUGACGAGCCUAGUGGCUUUCAGAGCAUCAAAGGCGCGCGCUUUGCCCUAUGCAAGACGGUUGUCUGGCCAGUCGCAGGAGAAGGUACUCGCAAUGCGAUUGCCCGCGCUGUCGACAUCCUUCGUGCUCAUGGCGCAGAGGUAGAGGAGGUUGAUCUGCCAACUGAGUUCGACGACCUGCCUCGCUGGCACAAUGUCGUCCUGCAGACUGAAGGAGAGACUUUCUUCCUCCCCGAGCACCGCACUGCCAAGGACCAACUCUCUCCGCAGUUGGUUGGUUACGUCGAGCGAAAGGCUGGCUAUGACCACCGUGAGCAGCUGAAAGCCCUUGACGGCAUUGCUGCCUUGCGACCCAAGAUUGACGAGAUUGCCGGCAGAUACACUGCUAUUCUUACCCCCAGCGUGGUCGACGAAGCCCCGGAGGGGGUCGAGUGGACGGGCGACUCUGCGUUUUGCUCAUGCUGGUCUGCGCUCCAUACCCCGGUAAUAAACAUUCCGGGCUUUCAGGGACAUACUGGCAUGCCGAUAGGUGUUUCGCUUGUGGCGCCGAGAUAUCGCGACCGCCAUCUUCUCAAGGUGGCGAAGGAAGUGGGUAAGCUUUUCGAGGCAGAAGGCGGAUGGAGGCGAAAUGUGUAA